UUCAGAGGGCGGGAUUUUCCCUCUUAAACCGGGGCAUCCUUUUCUCGUUUCUUCAAUUCUCCCUCCCAAAAAGAAACCCUCAACAUCCUUACUCCUCCAUGCCACUACUGACUUUUUUUCUUUAUUUUUUUUUCCCUAUCAAACCUCUCUGUAGCAUUCCUCCCUAAAUGGAAGAGUCCACAUUGCAACUCAUCUCUGGAAUCGGCGCCAAACUCGGCCAACUCGCUCGCCCUAACAAAGAUGUCCUCGUCAAAUCUCUUCGUCAAGUUGUGAGCGCAUUGUCACAAAUAGAGCAGCCUUCUGUGGUAGAAGUUGCUGCAAAGGCACAAGUGUUGCGAAAACUAGAGGCAGCCACAAAGCCAUUGAGGAAUUCUAUUGUUAAGCACGGUCUACCUAACCAUACUGAUAAAGAUGUUAGACUUUUGGGGGCCAUCUGUGUCAGUGAGUUUUUUCGGAUCCUGGCACCCCAACCACCCUUUGCAGAUAAACAUCUUAGGGACAUUUUUAAACUCAUUAUCAGUAUUUUCUCGGAGCUUGCUGAUACUACAAGUGCAUUCUUCUCAAGGAGGGUUAAAAUAUUGGAGACUGUUGCUCGAUGUAAAUGUUGUGUGAUAAUGCUGGAUAUUGGUUGCGAUGAUUUGAUUCUUGAAAUGUUUAAGACUUUCUUCUCUGUUGUGAGAGAUCACCAUCAACAGAGUUUAAUCAAUGAUGUCUUGUCUAUAAUGACUCAUAUCCUAAAUGAGGAAGUAUCCCACCUGCUUAUGGAUGUAAUUUUGGGAAAUCUUAUACAGGAGAGUAAGGAUGCCACUUCCGCAGCUUCUCAGCUUGCUGCCUCUGUUAUCCAAAGUUGCGCAGAAAAGCUUCAGCCAUUUGUUUGUGGGUUUUUGACAUCUUGCUCCUUGGAUAGAGAUUCUGUAGGUAGCAAACUCAAAGAAUUCUACCAUGAAAUUGUGUUAAAAAUCUUUCAGUGUGCUCCUGAGAUGCUUAAUGCUAUCAUCCCUAGUUUGACCCAAGAAUUAAUGACUGAUCAAGUUGAUGUUCGAAUAAAAGCUGUUAAUUUAAUUGGAAAACUUCUAUUACGUCCCGAAUACCGUGUUGCACAAAGAUACCAUGCUCUUUAUGUAGAAUUUUUGAAAAGAUUUGCUGAUAAAUCUUCCGAAGUUAGAGUUACUGCUCUACAAUGUGCUAAAGCUUGUUGCUUGGCCAAUCCCUCAGGGAUAGAAUCUCUUGAACUUCUCCCUGCCAUUAAAGAUAGACUUCUGGACUUUGAUGAUAAAGUGAGAAUGCAGGCAGUGAUUGUUGCCUGUGAUAUUGCUAGGUCUAACCUUAAAUAUACUUCACAUGAAUUCGUAUCUGAGUUUACAGAGAGACUUAGGGAUAAGAAGAUUUCUGUUAGAAAGAAAACCUUGCAGAAAGUGAUGGAAGUAUAUCGAGAUUAUUGUAACAAGUGUGCAGAAGGGCACAUCACAAUAUGUGAUCGCUUUGAGCAGAUUCCUUGCAAAGUGUUGAUGCUCUGCUACGAUAAAGAUUGCAAAGAAUUUAGGUCCCAAAACAUCGAACUUGUUAUUGUGGAGGAUUUGUUUCCUAUUCUCCUUCCUGUCGAAGAGAGGACAAGGCACUGGAUCCACUUGUUUUCUCUUUUCAGCCCUUCGCAUGUGAAGGCCCUCAGUGCCAUUUUAUCUCAGAAAAAGAGGUUGCAAACUGAAAUGCGGAAUUAUUUGGUCCUACGACGGAAAGAGAAGGAGAUUAAUUCAGAGGAUAUGCAGAAGAAGUUGAGAAGCUCUUUUGUGAAAAUGUCAGCUUCAUUCCCAGAUCCAUCCAAAGCUGAAGAGUGCUUUGAUAAGUUGAGUCAAAUGAAGGACAACAAAAUUUUCUCUUCACUGGGUCAGUUAUUGGAUGAAGUGACACUUACAAGUGCCAUGGCCAUAAGAGAUAAACUCCUUAAAGUGAUAGGGAAUAAACAUCCACACUAUGAGUUUUUGCAGUUGCUCUGCUCGAAAUGCUUGUUUAAUAUAUUUGACUCCGAGCAUGUCAGUUGCAUUCUCAAUCUUAUCUCCAGUGGUGGCUUGGAAAGCUAUCAUUUGGAAGCCUUUUCUAUUGAGCUACUUCUGGUUAUCAUCAGCAAUUUCCCUUCACUCAUGAGGGGUUCAGAACUUGAGUUAUGCCUGUUGUUUGAAGAGAAGUAUCUGAUUCAUGAUAAGAUCAUUCAAGUUUUAGUGAAAGCAGGACCUCAUAUCUCUGUUAAAUUUAGUGAUUUUUACCCUGUUUUGAAGAAGAUCUGUCUUGAGGGAACUCGCCCUCAGUCGAAAUAUGCUGUUUCCGCAAUUGCUUCACUAAUAGAUGUAUCUGAGCCUUACGUUUUCUCAGAAUUAUGUGAGGAACUUGUGAAUUCUCUACAUCAUGGGCGGAAUACGGCAACGGUUUUGCAGUCAUUGGGCUGUAUAGCCCAAUAUUCUGUUUCAACUUUUGAAAAUCACGAUAAAGAAAUCACGCAAUAUGUGUAUAAAAAGAUUUUGCAGGCAAAGUCAUUGGAUGAUCCUUCAGUCAUUGAGGAUAGCUCCGGUUGUACUACUUGCAAAUUAAAGAUUUAUGGGCUUAAGAUGCUUGUCAAGAGUUUUUUGCCCCAUCGAGGGUCUCAGAUCAGUAGACCAAUUAAUUCAUUGUUGGGCACUUUGUUGAAGAUGCUUCAGAAAGAGGAUGUGCUUGAUGAUAUCAUCUCAUGUGCAGGUGAUAGGGAUUAUAUAAGAUUGGCUGCUGCAAAAUCUGUUCUCCAACUUUCUAGAAGAUGGGACCUACAUAUAUCUCCAGAUAUCUUUUGCCCCACAAUUUUGAUGGGAAAGGAUGAUUCUUCUUCUGUCAGGUUAUCAUUUCUGGAUAAAACGUACAAGCUGUUGAAGGAACGAGUUAUACCUAUAAGAUAUGCUUGUGCUUUUACUCUGGCUACUGCUGAUGGCUUCAAGGAUCGACAGCAUUCAUUCAAAUACAUGGUGGAGUUUAUCAAGGAAUACAAUAGAGAAGCUCAAAAACGCCGAACAUCCAUGGUGCAGGGAGGGUCAAUUGUAGACUACCCAGCAUAUUUGGUGGUAUUCUUGAUCCAUCUGCUUGCGCAUGAUGAAGGCUUCCCACCUGAGGGUUGUCAGGAUGAAGCAAUCUAUGCUCAAUUUUGCGGUCCACUUCUUUUCUUCUUACACACAUCAAUCAGCUCUAAUAACGUUGAUGAUGAUAUGGAUAUUGUUAACGUUGCUGCUUUCUAUUUGUAUUAUAUAUUUCGUGCUAUUAAGAGAGCAAAGGAUGCUGUUGAUCUUCAGAGAACACCUAGGUUGCACUUUCUUGCUGAUGUUGGAAUUUCUGGUGUAAAUUCAUUUUAUCAGAAAGGCAUCUCCUCUUUACCCAGACCAGAAAAGAUUUUGCUUCCAUCAUCACUCUAUAAAAUAACUCCUAUGAAAAAUGAAGAGGCUAAUUGGAAAUCUUUUACUCAUACUUUUGUUGAGAGGGUCGUUCACAUUUUCAAGUCUCAAAUCUCUCUGCCAGUUGGCUCUGUUCGUAAACGUGGUCGCAAGUGUCAUGAGGAUGACAGUUUUAUCUUGGUUUCACAUAAGCAUGAAGAUUUUUCAACUCGUGGGGCAGAUCAAGUGCAUAAGAAAUCUACAAGGCAGGGUGUCAAUUUGGGAUGUAGGGGAAGGUGUGCUGUUUCUCCAGAUGCACUGGGAUCUGUUGGGUCACACAACAAGGAUUCUAAUGAGCAGGAAUAUGGUGCAUCUAACAGUUCGGAAUCAGCUUUGGAAAAAGGGAGGUCCUUUUCUUCACAUUCUUUCACUCAAAAACCUUCUCAGAUGGAAUCAAAAGUUUCAACUCAUAAAGUUGAAAGAUGUAGCACAUCAGACGGAAAUGUUGCUGCAGAUAAAAACCACACUGCUGGGGCUUCCAAUAAUUGCAGGGAAUCGGGUACCAGAAAUGAGGUAUUAAUUGGGCAGCGGAUCAAAGUAUGGUCUACCUUUGAUAGCUGUUUCUAUUCGGGCACCGUGGAUGACUUCAACCCAGAAAACAACACUCACAAGAUUACAUGUGAUAGUGGGGAAGUUGAAAUAUUAUGCUUGGACAGUGAGAGCUGGGAGACGAUAAGUAACUGUUCUUUGAUGGAGAGGGUUCAACCAUCAGAUAAGCAAAACACCUUGCAUUUGCGGCAAUGUGUCAAAGACACAGUUGAUAAGUUAAGAAGUGAUGACAGGCAAGAGUGUAAGACAAAAUUAAAUAUGGAGGAUUGUAAGGUUCCUUGCAGAGAGAAGAAAAAGAAAGAGAGAUCCAAAAAUUCAUCAUCAGUAUCAAAAGUUAUGAAUAUAGAUGAAGAUGCUGUUGCAAGAAGAACACGGAGUAGGAAAGUAUAAAGUGGAAUCGGAAGGUGUAGUUAUUGAGGAAAGUGCAAAUGAAAUGGCAACUGAUUUUACUCACUCUUGCCUGUAAUCCCUUGCUACCAAUUGGUUUUUAUAUAAAAUAUAUAUAUGGUGUUGUUUUAUAUAUUAGCUGUAAAAAUGGAUCAUAGUGUCACCAUCUGUAAUUACCCUUUUAUUUUUUAUGGUAUACAUGUUUUUUGAGGUUGUGGUA